AUGCUAUUGACAAACAAAAUCAAAACGGUCGUCGACUAGUCGAUUUCUGUUUAUUUAAUAGCUUUAUAGUUACUAACACAUUCUUCCCACAUAAAACAGUCCAUCAAGGCACAUGGAUGCAUCCAAAAACAAAACAAUGGCACAUGUUAGAUUAUGUACUAGUUAAUCGUAAAUUUCGAUCUAGUGUACAGGAUGUACAAGUUCAUAGAGGUGCUACUGGUGGUAUUGGAACAGAUCAUCAUUUAUUACGAGCUAAAAUUCGUUUACAUCUGAAAUGUUGUAAAAAAACAGAAAAAAUAUCGGAUAAGACUUGA